AUGCAUGCGAAAGAGAAUCUCGAUCUGGGCAUCGGCCGGGUACACCCUGCUGAUCCUCGGUUGCUGGCCAGCGACUACGCUGGAGCGGCACGAGGAGCGAGCAGGGUGGACACACCGGUGUCCAGACCACGAGCGCGCAGGAGUAAAACGCGGCUGCCGCCGGUGAGACUGCCGUUUCACCCACACCGGCAGCCGAAGAGACGGCUACGACGCCAUCGGCCGUAUUUGGAGUUGGAGCCGUCAACCAGCGAGGAGGAGAGCGUGGCCACGGAUGGCUCGUGGUCGCCAGCCUGGGAGGAGCGGCAGGAGGAGGAGCGGUGGGACGAGUCGCUGGUCAGCGACUACGUCCGCAACGGCCGAUAUUCGCCAACGCGCCCGUUAUGGCGCCCACCGCGUCCGCCCACGCCCCACCGAGCGCUGCAGAGCAGCGAAGAAGAAGAAGAAGAGCAGCCCAUCAUUAUAAUCGACAGCGACGAGGACGAGGUGGGCGAGCAGGAUGAGACAAUAGUGAUCUCCGAUUCGGAGGAGGGAGAAACGCCAGAACCUCCGCGGGUAAGUGCCAGCUACGCUGGAAAGGUGGUGGGGGGUCGCUUGGAGCAUCGCGCCGAGUUUGUCAUAACUUGGAGCGAACCCCUCACCACGAAGCCCGCGGGGUUCAUAUUGGAAGAAGUUUCGCCUCCAGAGACGCCACCACAGGCGACGCCGCAACAGGCGACACCGCCGCCGCCCAUACCACAGGAGACGCCACCACAGACGACGCCGCCACAGGCGACCGCGCCGCCGCCCACGCCACCGGAGACGUCGAUGGACGCCGACGAGGAGUGGCGGCCGAUCCGACUGCCCGCCCGGCCAGCGUUACAACGCCAGGUGUCGGUGCCAGCGCCGCCACCACCCCAGAGGCCUAUGCUACAGCGGCAGGCCAUCAGUGCCAGCCGGACGCACUGUCCAAUUCCACGGGACGAAGGGGAGCGCCUCUCGCUCUGCCCCAUCUUCGACGCUCGACCAGGACGACUCGUCCGACAGCCACCCUUCGAGGACGUCAUCGACCUCUCUCUUGUGGUUUGA